AUGCUGCGCCCGAAGAUGAGGAGUGGGAAGGCCUCUUGUGCGCUGGAGACCGUCUGGGAGGACAAGCACAAGUAUGAGGAAGCCGAGCGGCGCUUCCACGAGCACGAGGCCACACAAGCCGCCGCCGCCACCGCCUCUGCCGCCUCUGUCCAGCCGCUCCCGGACGAAGGGCCAGCUGUGAACGGGCCCAGCCAGGAGGACACAGAGGACACGGAUGAGGCAGAGACCCCCAACACCAGCAACAGGAGUGAGCCUAGGAAGAGCCACGAGUGCAAGAAGCCGUUACAGAAAAAGAGGAAGCGCUCCCCGAAAAGUUGGCUUGGCCAGGCGGACCUGGCCCUCGUGGGCCUCUCGGCUGACCAUGUAUGGUUGGACAAGCCACUCUUCGACCAGGCAGAAAGCUCCUACCGCCAGAGGCUGGCAGACGUAGCCGCCCAGGCAGCCCAGCCACCUCAGCCACCUACUCUGGCCCCUCGGGGUCCCUGUACACAUGGAAGCCAUGUGGCAUGCCACCAUGUGAUCUGGGGGAUCUGGGUCAACAAGUCUUGCUUUGAUCAAGCUGAGCGGGCUUUCGUGGAGUGGUCUCAGGCCUUGCUGCUGGCUGCAGAGGGGAGCCGUAGGCAGGAGACUCCUGACACAGGCCAGCAGGCUGUCACUCCCGACCUGGCCUUGCCCUGCCAGCCUUGCCCACCAGCCAAUGGCCAGCCUCCUCUGGGCAGCCUGCAGGCACUGGUACGAGAGGUGUGGCUGGAAAAGCCCCGGUAUGAUGCAGCUGAGAGGGGCUACUAUGAGGCCCUAUUUGAUGGUCACCCCCCAGGGAAAGUGCGCCUGCAGGAGCGAGCCAGUCAGGCAGAGAGUACUCGGAGGGGCCGUAGAGACCGUCGGAGCCGCAAUAAUGUAGGAAACAAGAGAGCUGGGUCAAAGCGGGCCGAUGGGGAGGCUCCGUCUGCCUUGCCCUACUGGUACUUCCUCCACAAGGAUGCAGAGGCCCCCUGGCUCAGCAAGCCUACCUACGACAGCGCUGAGUGCCGCCACCAUGCCGCUGAGGCCCUGCGCAUAGCCUGGCGCCUAGAAGCUGCCUCCCUGGCUCACCGACCCACGCCCCGUUCUGGCCCAUCCAUGUCCAGCCUGAGACCCAACAGGAAAAUGGCUACAAACUUCCUAGCGCAUGAGAAGGUCUGGUUUGACAAGUUUAAAUACGAUGAUGCAGAGAGGAGAUUCUACGAGCAGAUGAAUGGCCCUGUGACCUCUGGCUCCCGCCAGGAGAAUGGCGCCAGCGUGAUCCUCCGAGACAUUGCAAGAGCCAGAGAGAACAUCCAGAAAUCCUUGGCUGGAAGCUCAGGCCCUGGAGCCUCCAGUGGACCUGGUGGAGACCACAGUGAGCUCCUUGUGAGGAUCGCCAGUCUGGAAGUGGAGAACCAGAACCUGCGAGGCGUGGUGCAAGAUUUGCAGCAGGCCAUUUCCAAGUUGGAGGCCCGGCUGAGCACUCUGGAGAAGAGUUCACCAACCCCCCGAGCCACAGCCCCACAGACCCAACAUGUCUCUCCUAUGCGUCAAGUGGAGCCCCCAGCCAAGAAAGGCGCCACACCAGCAGAGGACGAUGAGGACGAUGACAUUGACCUGUUUGGCAGUGACGAGGAAGAAGAAGAUAAGGAGGCCGCCCGACUACGGGAGGAGAGGCUACGCCAGUACGCAGAGAAGAAGUCCAAGAAGCCCACACUGGUGGCUAAGUCCUCCAUCCUUUUGGAUGUUAAACCUUGGGAUGAUGAGACCGACAUGGCCCAGCUAGAGACUUGUGUGCGUUCCAUCCAGUUGGACGGGCUGGUUUGGGGGGGCUCCAAGCUCGUGCCCGUUGGCUAUGGCAUCCGGAAGCUGCAGAUCCAGUGUGUGGUGGAGGACGACAAAGUGGGCACCGACUUGCUCGAAGAGGAGAUCACCAAAUUUGAGGAGCAUGUGCAGAGUGUGGACAUCGCAGCUUUCAACAAGAUCUGAAAGUCCGAGUGUGUGGUUCAUGUGUGUGAGGACCUGCUGAGAUUAAAGACUGAGACCCCCGCA